UAAUAACUGGGGCGCGUGGUUGACUCCUCCAAUAUGGCGGCCUCACUGAUACGCCAGCGCCAAUAGGCGGCGUCAAUCGAUGCGGCGUCUAUGUGUACAUGUCUAUAUUCCGCCCUGCUGUCAGACUUUACUCACACUAACUAACGUUAACUAACCUUAUAAACCAGGAGAAUACACAACUCAGACACAGGCUUUACUCACUCUUCACUCAGUCUCUGGACUUUUCUUGCUUGUCUUCGUGCUGUUUUUUAGAAUAAACGACCAGAACAGACUCUUGCUUUCGAGAGGAUUCAGUAGCAGCUCUAAAUGUGUCUCUUAAUCGGAUUUAGACUCCCCAGGCGUAGGUAAGAAAGCAGGUGAAAAAGUGGACAGCUUCACAGUGAUGUCUGAGGGUGUGUUUUUCACUGGUCAAUCAGAAGUCGUGCAGUUCUGUCUUAUUGUUAUUUCUGAAAGUGUGUGAGUGUCUGCAGCAGCAGCAGCGCCCUGUCACUGGAGCAGCUCUUCUUCAUAAAGAGCAGGAGGCAACUGUUGUAAAGGGGGUUUCAAUGGCUGUGAAAUAAACUAUGGAGACAAAGGAUGCAGCCAAGCCAUGUGAAGACGGAGCAGACCCCGGUGAUGUUUCAGUUAAAGGAUUAACACAGAGCUGGCUGAAAUGGUCCAGUGAUCAUCAGGAGUAUCAGAAACACAAUCCCUUCAGCAACAAUGAGGCACCGGCUGUGCAGCUGCAGAAGGGUCAGCAAAGCUACGGCAGGCCUCCGGAGGGUUCCAAAACAGAGCAGAGAGGGCAGGACGCUCACUCCCAUGUGAGCAGGGAGGUGCAGGAACUGUGUCAGGUCAUCCGAGAAAUCGGCGAGAGCCAAGAGGACGGCAGGGCAGCCGUGCAGUUUGGAACGCUGUUUGAACAUUACGUGAGCAUCUCUAACAAGGUGGUGGGAGUGCUGCUGCGAGCCCGGAGGCAGGGGCUGGUGCACUUUGAAGGGGAGAUGCUGUGGCAAGGACGAGACGACCAAGUGCUCAUCUCGCUGCUUUCGUGAGCAUGCAUCAAUGCAAAGACGAUCUGCAUAAGCAUGCAAAAGAGCUGGCUGUGCAAAAUAACAUCCAGUGCAUCUGGCUUGAUCCUGCAGCAGGGGUCAACAGUUUCUUUUUUGGAGAGUCAUCAGAGAUGUCUUUCUUUACUUUUAAUCCAAUAACUGACUUUACAUUACAUACAACUUGCACUAAUGCUUUGAAAAUAAUAUAAAUAAUAAUAAGACAGGAACCAACCCUAACCCUGUGCUUUCUACUUUUAAAAAGAAGAAAUAGAAAAAUUCCCAAUGAAUCUUAAUGAAUUAUGCAGUACUCCCCCUGUCUACUAGUUGUUAGGAAUUCCCAUUAUUCCCUUAAACACACAAGCACACUAGCUUUAAAGAAUGUAGUGCACAGGUCCUCAGUAAGACUGUCCUAUGAAGAACAGUCUAAUGAGGUCUGCAUGGUGAAAUCACCAGAAACAACACAACUUCAAGUGUUGUUUUGGUUUCUUUCAGGUUGUGCAUGCACAGAGAACUGUUGAUAAUUUAGGGCAUGAAAGGGUGUACAUCAUUGCAUUUCUCAGCCAUUUACACAGGUCUGUUUACUUUGAAACAGCCUUCUAUGACAUAGCUUCAGAGAAACACAGCCUACUUCGGCUGUAGCCUAGUCUCAGAAAUGCUGCUUUUGAUGUGAAGUUCUACCUAAUAUGCACUGUGUGA